UUUGCGUGUUGCGUCGUCUCCGAUCUGUGCGCGAGGAUGAGGGAAGCGGGGGUAGCGGCCGGCGGUCCCGGCGCCGCCCCCGUGCCUGGCUUCCUGGCGAAGCUCUGGGCUCUGGUGGAGGACCCGGGCACCGAUGAUGUGAUCGCCUGGGGCCGGGGUGGCCAGAGCUUUUGCAUUCUGAAUGAGCAGAGGUUUGCUAAAGAGCUACUUCCCAAAUACUUCAAACACAACAAUAUUUGCAGCUUCAUACGUCAGCUCAAUAUGUAUGGGUUCAGGAAAGUGAUUGCCUUGGAGAAUGGUAUGAUUACAGCAGAGAAGAGUGCAGCCAUUGAAUUCCAGCACCCUUUCUUUAAACAAGGGAAAGCAAACCUACUGGAAAACAUCAAACGAAAGGUCUCUGCAGUGAGAGCGGAGGAUCUCCGAAUCUGUUCAGAAGAUUUACACAGAGUGCUUUCUGAAGUCCAGGAAAUGAGGGAGCAACAGAACAACAUGGAUGUCAGACUGGCUAGUAUGAGGAGGGAAAAUAAAGCCCUGUGGAAAGAAGUGGCUGUUCUAAGGCAGAAGCACAGCCAACAACAGAAGCUGCUGUCUAAGAUCCUUCAGUUUAUACUGAGUUUGAUGAAAGGAAACUACGUUGUGGGAGUCAAGAGAAAAAGAUCUCUACCAGAUGCCUCCGGUGCCUCACCUUCCAAAUUCAGCCGGCAAUAUAUUCACCUACCUGUGGAGCAUGGCAAUGCGGUGGCUAUUUCCGAACAUGACCCAAACAGUGAAAAUGAAACAGGCAUCAUUAUUCAAGAUAUCACCAACACUGUGGAUGAUGCCACUGAUGGGCUGCUCGCUCUAGUGCAUACAAGCGGAAGUGAUGGAGAGCCCCAGACCGCUCAAGAACAGGAUCUGCCUGUCUGCGAAGUAUCACACCCUCUUGAGUUAAGUCAUACAGAACCAGACUGUCCAGCCCAAGUUGCUGACGAUCCCCUCGAGUCCAGUGCAGUAGGAAAUGAUGCUGUAGAGCUGCAUUCUGCACAAGUUAAUGCUCCCGAAGAUCCUGCAUCGGUGAUUGAUUCCAUCUUGAAUGAGAGCAGCUCCACUGCUCAAAGUGAUGCUUUUCUAGAGAGGGAAGAGAUUCAGGAUUUUCUGAAUUGUAUUGAUGCCAGUCUUGAGGAGCUCCAGGCGAUGCUGUCUGGGAAGAAAUUUAACUUUGGCUCUGAAUCCUUUAGUGAUACUUUCAAUCCUGAGCUCCCAGCCCUGGACACGAACUUGACAGAUGUUUCAUCCAGUAUGGAAAAUAUUGAGGACUUGACGGGCAGCGUUGAAGAGCUAGGAACAAGUGAGCAGGAAACAGGAAACAAAGACAUGCAGCUGAUACAAUACAGGGGCAACCCUCUGCUUUCAUUAUUCGAAGAACUGCCUUCUGUUGAAGGUGCAGGGAAGACAGAGGAUCCUAAAGAUCUUCUCCUGUCCUCACUGGAGGAGAAACCUGCUAUCUCUCUUCCCUCAAGUAGCGAAGCAGCUUCACCACUGGCAGCUCCAGCAAACAAGGCUGAAUCCCUCGAUACCUUGGAACUGUAUGAUCAGCCUUUACUUUCAGAAGACGGAAAUGGAGAGUAUAAAUUAUUUCCCCUCCUGCUUCUCAGUCCUGUUGCUAACUUUAUAGAAGAGGCCUCAGAGAUAGAAACUGCUUGAGAACUUGCACAAAAUCUUAUGGUCAGCUUCCUGGUGUAAAAUAUAGAGAUGGUACAAGUUAGAAGCUUCUCUUCCCUUCCGCUCACUUCCUCCAGGCCUAAUAUGCAAAGAUAAUGAAAGGUCUCUUAAAAAUGCAAGAGCAGUUCAUGCGAGAAGCUGAAAGCAAUGUCAAAACAAGAACUGCACAGCACGGAAGGCAUUUGGAAGAGGAGCAAAUGUCACCAAUAUAUUGCACUGUAAUAUGUAAAAAAAAUUUAUAUUGUUGCAAAAGGAAAUCUGUAUCCUAUUGUAAAGUUGGGCUGUAUUUUUUUAGCUGUCUUGUCACAUCCUAUUGAGUAUUGCAACAUGGGA